AUGUCUAGAUUCGCCUUCAAGGUUUCUAAGUCCACUACCAAGCUCUAUGAGGCAAAAUGUUUUGUAGAUGGAUGCAAAUGGAUGUGCAGAGCUGCUAUAAAGAAUGAAGAAAAGAGGUUCUUCGUCACAAAGUAUGUCAAGGUUCAUACAUGCUCUGUCGUUGACCGUGCUCGAUUCCGAAAGGGAUGUAUUCCAAGGUAUCUUGGGCAGAUAUUUGUAGAGCAGUUUGAAAUCAUUGAUGAAAUUGUCCCAAGGCAUAUUGCAAACGCUAUAAGGGUGAUGCUUGGACUUAAGCUUCAUUACACCAUUUCUUACAGAGCUUUAAAAGCUGCACAACUUUUUGUUAGGGGAACACCAGAAGCUGGAUAUGUGGCCUUGCCCUCGUACUUGCGGAGAGUGAAGCAGUCAAACCCUGGCUCCGUGAUUGACCUUGUUUGUGAUGAUAUGGAUCAAUUCAAAUACUGCUUCUUAUCCUUAUAUGCUUCAAUGUUGGGAUUUCAGUACUUGAGACAUGUUAUUGUGGUAGAUGGGACUCAUCUAACUGGAAAGUAUGGAGGAGUUUUGCUUGUUGCAGCCGGUCAAGACGCUAAUUUUCAGGUUUUCCUGUUGGCUUUUGGGAUUGUAGAUGCCGAGAAUAACGAAUCUUGGGGUUGGUUUAUGACCAAGUUGCAGCAAUGCUUUUCACCUCAUCCCAUGCAUAACAUUGUCUCAAAGUUUGGUGCAAAAGACUUGAUGUAUUUGGUGAAAGGAGCUGCCUACGCCCAUACACUGAUAGAGUAUAACCGUUGCAUGGCCGCACUCCGAGCUGCUAAACAAGAACUUGCGAAUUACUUAGAGGAAACAGAUCCUAAGCUAUGGUUCAGAAUACAUUUUUCAGGGGAUCGAUACAAUAUUAAGACAAGUAACAUUACUGAAUCUAUCAAUUCCGCAUUGAAGAGAGCUAAAGGCUUUCCAAUACCUUAUCUGCUGCAGUUCAUCCGGGAGAAGUUAGGGAUUUGGUUUACUAAAAGGCGAGAGGACACCUUGAGUCUUCAGACCCCAUACAGCAAGGGAGUUGAAUAUCUGCUGGAUGUUUGUUCACACUACGCAGAAUCAUUCACUGUGGAACACAUAGAUGUUUGGAAUUUCAAUGUUAUAGGCGGAGAAGGGCCUUCUACUGUCAAUUUGGAAAACGGUUCAUGA